AUGGAGAAGAGCCGACGAGGGAUCGACCGGGUUCACGUCAGCUGUCAAAAGACUGGUUGUUUUGUAGGGGCAUUACGACGUAGCCCGCGCUCUUCCACGGGAAGUGCCAGAGGGGGCGUCGCGGUGAGGAAGAAGGGGGCGCUCGGGGCAGAGGUGGCCGCGUUCUUCCACAGGUGGGGUGCUCGGGGCGGGGCAGAGGGCGCUUCGACGGUCAGGAAGAACGGGGCGAUCGAGGCAGACGUGGCCCGCGCUCUUUCACGGGCGGGGCCAGAGGGGGCGUCGCCGGUGAGGAAGAAGGGGCGCUCGGGGCAGAGGUGGGCCGCGUUCUUCCACAGGUGGGGUGCUCGGGGCAGGGGCAGAGGGCGCUUCGCCGGUCAGGAAGAACGGGGCGAUCGAGGCAGACGUGGCCCACGCUCUUCCACGGGAAGUGCCAGAGGGGGGGUCGCGGUGAGGAAGAAGGGGGCGCUCGGGGCAGAGGUGGCCGCGUUCUUCCACAGGUGGGGUGCUCGGGGCGGGGGCAGAGGGCGCUUCGCCGGUCAGGAGGAACGGGGCGAUCGAGGCAGACGUGGCCCGCGCUCUUCCACGGGCGGGGCCAGAGGGGGCGUCGCCGGUGAGGAAGAAGGGGGCGCUCGGGGCAGAGGUGGUCUCGCUCGUGGACGACGGAUAUUUAACGCCGACGUAACAGGCAAGAAAUCCUGCAUGAUUUUGUUUGACACGUGUCCGAUCAAGUCAGUGACAUAUCCAUGUCACCAAACUUGGAGCAUAAUAUGGUAG